CUGAUGUCAUGACGUAGAGCCUAGCAACAACGCAGGCUCCCGGUGGAGUCCGUUAUGGCCGCUGCUGUCUUGAGGAGGAUGAGGGGAACCGUGCAAGCGAAACUGCGGUACUCGCCCGGCCUCCAGGUCCCGGGAGGGUUGGCGCAGCCGCUCGUCCUGGCGCUCCUGCUUGCGUCCGCCACCUUGUCCAGUGCUGUACCACAGACUGAUUUGCUGAGCCAAACUGUACUCCAGCCAGAUGUCUCUGCUCCAAAUAUGAGUGCUUUAACACAUGAAAACCAAACCAAACUUUCUGUCUCCCAAAUCAGCGCCGCUCUCCGUCCCACAACUAGUACAGAGAAAGGUGGAGGGGCAUCUGUGGCCCCUCAUCCCUCACCUACUACUUCCCUGUCUCAGGAGGAGGCAGAUAACAAUGAAGAUCCCAGCAUAGAGGAGGAGGAUCUUCUUACGCUCAAUAGUUCUCCAUCUACCGCCAAAGACACUCUGGACAAUGGAGACUAUGGAGAACCAGACUAUGACUGGACCACCAGCCCCAGGGACGAUGAGUCCAGUGAAGCUCUGGAAGAAAACAGGAACUACAUGGAAAUUGAACAGUCAGUGAGAUCUUUUAAGACCCCAUCCUCAAAUAUUGAAGAGGAAGAUAGCCAUUUCUUUUUUCAUCUUAUUAUUUUUGCUUUUUGUAUUGCUGUUGUUUACAUUACAUAUCACAACAAAAGGAAGAUUUUCCUUCUGGUUCAGAGUAGGAAAUGGCGUGAUGGUCUUUGUUCCAAAACAGUGGAAUAUCAUCGUCUAGACCAGAAUGUUAAUGAGGCAAUGCCUUCGCUGAAGAUUACCAAUGAUUAUAUUUUUUAAAGCACUGUGAUUUGAGUUUGCUUAUUAUGUAACUUUAUUUGCUUGACUUUUUUAUAUAAUAUUGUGCAGAUGUUUGCCAUAGGCAGUUGGUACUUAAAUGAGAGGUGGGUCUCUCUUUAUUUUGCCUUGGUGCUUUCGAAAUGAAAUGUCACAAACAAGGAGUAUAUAAUUUUUUAUCUACACAUUUAGAGGUAAAUUCAAUCAGGUGUCCAGAAUGUGGAGCUAAGCAUUAUAUUAGUUUUGUUUUAGAUUUCUUUAUUGUUCUCCUUCUGGAAGUGUUAGUAAUACUAGUUUUACAAGAUCCCAACCUUGUAACUAAAUCCUAACAUAUCUGGUACUGCUGGCUCCGAUUCUCUUUCUGCCAUCCAAAUACUGUUUUAUAAGCACACAUUUUGUGAUCCCAAACUGUUAAUGUACAAGGAUGCGUAUAAUAGCGCUUGGCAUAUAAGUAACAUUUUUUCUUCCAGGAAAAUCGCUUUGGAUAUUUUUGGAUGAUUUAAACAUAACUUAAGAUAAUGAUAAUGCUCAAUCUGACCACAGUUUUAGGUAACAUAUUAAUAAAUGUCUCUAGAAAUUCUGGCAAUAGAGAGACUCUGCAGUUUGCAGUGGAUAUAGAUAAAAUGUUAUAGAGACACCAUAUUUUGGCUUAAAUUACUGAAUUAAAUUUAGAGGUAGAAAUUGUGGCAAAAUAUUAAAUACACAUACAGUUGCUUUUAGUCAGCAAUUGAUUGUAGCACGGGUUCCUCCAAGCUUCUAAGCAAGGAGCAGAGUUUAAAAUUAUAUCAGAUUUUUUCAUGUUGUCUAUUACUUUAUAGUAAGUUUGAAUAAAUUUUAGGGGUCAUUAUCACUUAAGUAAUUCUGUAUCUAGGCCUUUCAAAUUAAAAUUAUACCUGAAUGAAAUGGUUUGUAUACAUAGAGGGUAUAUGUGUGCACUGACUUUUUCUCCCCCUGUACUUGUUUUAUUUUCUUCUGUUUUGUUUUUCACAGCAACUGGAAAUUAUUUACUGUAUUUUGUUUUACCCUGUCUUUCUAUAAUAAAGAAUUGAUCAAUAUGUACAUAUGUGAUUUGAACCAUGGUUGACUUACAAGUGUCACUGCAACUUUGUAGAAAACAUAACCCCUAAUAUAUGUUAAACACCCACUCAGAAAGUCCGGGUGAGCCAGUGGGCAUGAGCUUUGUGUAAAGAUGGAAGAAGCGGGGCAGUCCACCAUUUCUUUCAGGUGGACAAUUUACUGUCCUGAUAAGGAAGGGCAGCACAAUGGAAAUAUACCUGAACUGUUUUAUGGCAGUAACUUUUCAUAUCUGAAAUUGUAUUAUUUAAUAUUUUGAAUAAGAUUUUAAAAAUAAAUGGCAAAAAUAUAAA